CUAAAAAAGCUCCAUCUUUAGAUGAAUUAAAAUCUUCCAAAAGUGUCCCAAAGUUUCGAGCUUCUCGUGGCAGAAAAAAAAAAUCAGGAGGCAAAUUACUGAGCAGUCUGAGUUUACUCCACAUGGCGACUCUGGCCAAUCUCACAGAAGCCCAGACUGACUCAUUAGAUGCCCAGUCAAUGUCAGAAUCUGCCACAGCUGCUGAAAGUGAAGACAUGGGCUCCCAGUAUGCAUCAAGAGCUGCUAAUGAUCACAGUGGGGAAUAUGCUCCAUCGCUAGAGACUAUGUCUUUCAUCUCACCCCAGACAUCUUCUGAGGUCGAGGUUUCCCCACCUGUACCAUUUUCCCCUUCUGAUAAGAAGAGGGGGAAACUGACAGAUGUUCACAGAGCUGGAUCAUCUCGAAGAAUGUUAAAUUUUGCCAGGAGGCGAGCCAGUUUAAAACCUGGCUGUAAUGGAGCUUCAAAUCUGGGCAGCAGGCCGUUACCUUUCAGUCGUCUUGUCUCCACAUCCACAUCAUCUUCACCUGUGCCAUCAAACUUCACAUUUAGUCAUACCCCAGAUUCUUCUCAGCAAGCAGAACCCCCGGCUCCUAUGGAAGAUGCGAGUACAGCCAACACUCUGCAACUUUUAGAAACGAGGAGAGCACAGGUGAAUUGUGCAUCUUUCUCUAUGAAAGACAUUCUUCGACUAGCAACUCCAGAUGAUUCCAUGGACUCUGAUAGCAAAGACAGUUUUCCAUUAGUUAAACCCCCUGAAGCUAAAAGGGCUCAAGUGAAAAGCACAACUUUGUCAAUGAGUGAUAUACUUAAAUUAACCUCAAGUGAAAUGACUGGUGAAAAAGACACUGCAGAAGCAUCUCAUUCAUUACUGAGUAAAGUAGCAACACCUAAAUCCCAAUCUCCUCUCCAUACAAAAGUAUCCAGUUUAUCUAAAAUAGAGUCUAUUGAGCCUCAGCCAUCUCCUGAAAUAACAGAAGCCUCAACGUCAUUACUGUCUCAGUUGGCUACCUUUGGUACGUCACAUUUUUCAGAAAAUGCCCGUUAUCAGCAGCCAAAUCUGUGUGAUUUGAAUUCAAAACAGGAAAUAACAGAUGCAUCAGCUUCUUUACUGUCUCAGAUUGCUAACUUUCAAGAAACAGCUUUAGAGUCUGACUCAAAAUUAGCCUCUCAAACAUUGUCUUCUAGUCAUACUGUGGAAGAUAAUCAUUCACCUUUGAUCAAUCAAUGUCUUAUUGACUCAGAAACUCAAAAUGAAACAAAAGUCUUACAAAAAUCUCAAGAGAGGAACUCAAAGGAAAAGCACACCUCUGCUGCAAAUGAGAAUCUUGAAAAGAAUCAAGCUGAUCAUGAAAAACAAAUCCAUUUGAAAACUCACGUUUUGGGUACACAACCUAAUGAAAUUGGUUCAAAACGGGACUAUCUGGAUACUUCUUCAGAUGACAGUUAUGUACUGCAAAAUAAUUCAAAAGUAACUCAUAAAUCCAAACCAUAUGGUCUAAUAUCCGGUGCUAAUAAAUCUCCAUCAUCUUCUGACAGUCUUGUUACUGAUGAAAGCAGUCAUCUAUCAAGAUCAUCCAAAUUAGCUGAAAGGCAAAUUUCUCCCCAAUCUCAAAACAUAGCUAGUAAACUUUUAAACAAAACAUUUAAGCUAGAAUUGCAGCAGGAACCAAACAUCACCAACUCCCAAUUUAUUAUACCUCAAAGUCCGGCUACUUCUUCAGCUCUAGAGAUCCCAAGAAUUUCUAUAACAUAUGAUGAAGCAUCAGUAAAUGAAAUAUUGGAAGAUGCCUCCAGUGAGUUAGUAUCUAAUUUGAGUCCCAAGAGGAGUCAUCGAGAGCACACAUUAAAUGGUAGAAAUGUGGAUAUAAAACCUCUAAAUCCAUUGCAAAUACCUCCUUAC